AUGGUGCCAGAGGGUGGUGAUGUGGCCGACGUUGACCGCACCAAGCUGGCGAGAAAGCAUCAUCAACAAACGCUCGAGAAGAACAACGCAGCCUCCACUCCCACUGAGGGGCCAAGUACCGGCCGCCGCGGCAACGCUGCGACGUCGAAAGCACAGAACCCAUCGACUUCGCGCGCAGGUGCCCGAUCAUCAGCGACAAGCCGGCCCGAAGACGGCGGUCGUCCCUCGGGUCGCAGGGCCGCCGCCGCCGCCGCCGCCCCGGUGUCCAAGGUGACCCCAGGCUCCCCAUCAGCCUCCGUCCGGCCCGGGCAAGCGCCGACGCCAGCACCACAGGCCAGCCUGGACCGGACCCCAGUCUCUCCCACGCAGAGCCUCAAAAGGUACAGCUCGGGCAAGGCACAUCAGUCCAUGCAUCGACACAAGGCGGCUCGCCCGGCUUCCUCCUCUGGCAAUCCACCUCCCCAGCAACCACAGGACGAUGCUCGCGGCACCCCCGCCAGCAAGAAGAAAGACGACGCGAUCACCAUCAUCAAGCAGCCCGAGACACGGCCCAUCAGCCAGGAGCAGCUUGUCGCCGAAGUCAAGGGCAUCUACGCCGGCCUCGUCAUGGUGGAGAGCAAGUGUAUCGAAGUCGACAACUUGCAGAACACAAAAGAAGGCACCAUCCCCCUCAAUGACGAACAAUGGCAGGCACUCAUCGCCCUGCAUCGAACCUUGCUCCACGAACACCACGACUUCUUUCUGGCCAGCCAGCACCCUUCGGCAAACAACGCCCUGCGGGCCUUGGCCGAACGCUACGCCAUGCCCGCCAGGAUGUGGCGGCACGGCAUCCACUCCUUUCUCGAGCUGCUGCGACACCGUCUACCAGACUCGCUCGAACACAUGCUGUCGUUCAUCUAUCUGGCGUACAGCAUGAUGGCUCUCCUGUACGAAACUGUCCCCAAGUUUGAAGACACGUGGAUCGAGUGUCUCGGGGACCUGGGACGGUACCGCAUGGCCAUCGAGGACGACAGCAUGGCCGACAGGGAGGUCUGGACUGCCGUCAGCCGUCACUGGUACAGCAAGGCAUCCGACAAGUCGCCGACGACCGGCCGGCUGUACCAUCAUCUUGCCAUUCUUUCUCGGCCCAACGUUCUGCGCCAGCUGUUUUACUACUCCAAGUCCUUGGUCGUUCCGACCCCCUUUGUGAGCGCUCGCGAGUCCAUCUUGACACUCUUUGACCCUGUUCUGUCCGAACAGUCUGGCCAGUCCGGCAAGCCUGGCCGCCUGCAUGAGCUUGAUAUGCAUUUCGUCUGCCUCCACGCUGUCCUUUUCAAAGGCACAGAGCAGGAGAGGUUCCAGCCCGCCUUCGACAGCUUCAUCGGCGGUCUCGAUAUCCAGAUCGCGAGGUAUUCCCGCCGCUGGCUGGAGCCAGGUUACUACAUCGGCAUCUCGAACACAUGCGCUCUGCUCAACUACGGCGACCCCUCCAGCACGCUUCUGCGCGCCAUGGAGGGCGAUCCGUCGGCGGACUACCCGAUGGAGGCGCCUGAGGAUGAGGAUCGCUUUGAGAAGGCUCUCCAGCUGAACUACCGAACCCAUCGAGUGGUGUGGCGCCGGUUCGGUGACCCUAGCAUCCUUGCCUACCUUCACACAACCCUCGUUCCGAUCUAUCAUCUCAUACGUUCGCGGAACACCAUUGGCAGGCUGGAGGCCAGCAUUCCGUGGAAGCUCCUGUCAGUUCAGCUCAAUACUAUUAUUGCAGCGUCUGGCAACACCAUACGUUUUGAGGACCAUGAAUUCCCAGGGCCGAUCAAGGGCGAGCCGCCUCGUCCUCUACCUGAAGACUUCGCCAUGCGUGGUAUGAUUUGGACCAAUACAUACUUCCCAACGAAAUGGUUCUCCAACGAUAAAAUCGACGAUGACGAAAAGUACUUUGAGGUUGCGUCCAUGACAGAGGAGAGACGCAUCCGGAUAUUGUGGAUUGGCUGCCAGAUUGCGCGGCGCGAGCGAUGGCUGCACUAUGAUUUCGAGACGCAUCAAUUUGCGGUAUCGCCCGAGUAUGACGAGAACAUCGAUGAGCUUCCUGCCGCUGCUGAACAGGUCGCCCCGGCGGAGGACGACGAGGCCAUGACGGAGGAGCAGACAGCCACCGACGAGCAAGACGUGACGGGGAAGGCCUCGGAUCUGAUGGACGUUGACGAACCGACUGUGUCACAGCCGUGA